AUGUUAGACCCCUUUCCGCCUCCUCCCGGGUGGUUACGAGAUCUUGUCGAGCCCUGGGCCCUAUACUUCAACCUUCCUGCCCUCCCAGACCAUUCUCACGAAAUUGUCGUCACCUUCUUUGCCUACCUGUUCAUCCACUACAUCUUAUCUCCAUGCUUGUCUCCGCUCCUGUUCCCGCGUUACUAUCCCAACCUUAACAAGCGUACCAAGCUCAACUGGGAUGUCCACGUCGUGUCGCUCAUCCAGAGCACCGUUAUCAAUGCCGUCGCAUUGUGGGUGAUCUUUGUGGAUGAGGAAAGAAAGUCCAUGUCGACUGAGGAGCGGGUCUUUGGCUACGUCGGGUCAUGUGCUCUCAUCGAAGCCCUGGCGGUGGGAUACUUUAUCUAUGACCUGAUCGUCAGCACGAUCUAUAUCAAGCUCUUUGGUAUUGGCAUGUUGUUCCAUGCUGUCUGUGCUCUCUGGGUGUUUAGCAUGGGAUUCCGGCCCUUCGUUAACUUCUACUCCCCCGUCUUCAUUCUCUAUGAGCUCUCCAGCCCCUUCCUCAAUAUUCACUGGUUCCUUGACAAGGUCAACAUGACUGGAAGCUCCCUACAGUGGUACAACGGCAUACUGCUUCUAUUCGUUUUCUUCUGCUGCCGUCUUAUCUGGGGAACCUGGCAGUCUAUCAUCGUCUACAUUGACAUGUUCGCUGCUCUCAAACACACCUGGUCUGCGACUUCUUCUUCUUCUUCUUCUUCUUCUUCUUCCUCCUUCGAGCCUGUCGACAUCACUGCCCAAAUCUUCAAAGCCCGUGGUGACGGCUCCCUCUGCCUUAACGAGGCCUGUGUCUUGGCCAACGCGGAGAUCUCCAAGUACUCCAAACACUCUGCCGGUGGCAUCCCUACCUGGCUGGUUUUCACAUACGUCCUCUCCAAUAUCGUCCUCAAUGGCCUUAACUACUACUGGUUUUCUCAAAUGAUCGAAGCAGUUAUGAAACGCUUCCGCCGCCCUCCUGCUGCUGCUAAGGCUAAGGAGGUUGUCUUGAAGGAGAAUGAGAAAGCCGCUCCCAUUGGAGAGCCAACCAUCGAGAAUCUCACACAAAAGGCCGUCCUUGAUGCUGCUGCGAAGCUAGGAGAAGAAGAAGGAAGCCUAUUCCUCGGUGACCCUGCUUCGAGCGAACCAUCUAACGCUUCAGGUGUUUCGCUUCUCUCCGAGGAAUUGAGAAAGAGAAAGGCUUGA